CCCCCGCCCGCCCUCGCUGCUCGUUUGAGGCGGAUCUCGCCUCUCUCUGUUCCCCAUCCAACCCCGGCAGGAAAACCCUUGGAAGCGGGAAGAGGGUCAUCGCCAGCAGCGGUGCCUCCGUCUCUGCCGGGGCGCCGGAGCCGGGCAGCGGAGCAGGACGCUGGCGAGACCCCCGAGCCGCUGCGCCAUGAGGGGUCUGUGGGCCCUGGCGCUCGCUGGGCUGGUGAGCGCCUGCGCGGGGAAGCAGCCGCCCUCGGCCGCCGGAGGGGAGCCGUGUCCGCGGCUGCAGGAGGAGAAUCUGCACGGGGACAAGUAUGAGAACGUGACGGGGUUCAACCUCGUCAAGAGGUUCGAGCUGCUGAAGAUGCCGUCCGUCAAGAAAAUCCGCAACCCGAAGGGGCCGCUGAUCCUGCGGCUGGGCGCCGUGCCGCUGGUGCAGCCCACGCGGCAGGUGUUCCCGCGCGGGCUGCCCGCCGAGUUCACGCUCGUCCUCACCUUGCUGCUGAAGAAGAACAGCACCCGGGAGCACUGGUACCUCUUCCAGGCCACCGACCGCCAGGGCUACCCCCAGCUCUCCCUGGCGCUGCACGGCCCCGAGAGGAGCCUCGAGCUGCAGGCGCGGGCGCCGGGGGACGCGUUCACCAGCACCGUCUUCGCGGGCAAGGGCGUCGCCUCCCUCUUCGACGGCCGGUGGCACAAGGUGGCCCUGAGCGUGCAGAGCCACGCGGCCUCCAUCCACGUCGACUGCGGCUACAUCUCCUCCAAGCCGCUGGCGCCCCGGCGGGCGCUGGUGCCCGAGGGCAACGCCUUCCUGGGGCUGGACGCCGUGCGCGGCACCCCGGUGCGGUUCGACCUGCAGCAGGCUCACAUCUACUGCGACGCGGCGCUGGCGAGGCAGGAGGGAUGCUGCGAGAUCUCGGCCGGCGGGUGCCUCGCGGAAGCGCCCAAGACGCGGCGGCAAGCGGAGCUGAUGCAGAGCAGCAACCUCAUCGAGAUCUCGCCGCAGCCCGAGGGCAGGGUGUACACCCGCUGCUUCUGCCUGGAGGAGCCGCUGGGCGCCAGGGAGCCGGUGGGAGUUUUGGGGAAGACCGGCCUGAAGGGUGACCACGGGGAGAAGUGCCCGCCCUGCUCGCCGCAGACGGCCUCAGCGAACGUCACGCUCGGUCCCCCGGGCCCAAAGGGCGGGAAGGGAGAGCGAGGCCUGCCCGGCACCCACGGUGCCAAGGGCGAGAAGGGCGAACGCGGCGCCGACUGCGUGCGGACGGCCCCCGAGGGCCCCGUGCAGUGCGCCGAGGGCCCGCGGGGCGAGAAGGGGCAGCGCGGAGACGCGGGGAUCCCCGGGGCCACCGGCGCCGACGGGCAGAAGGGCCAGAAGGGCGAGAAGGGCGACGGGGGGCUCCAGGGCAAGCCGGGCCGCCCAGGCCAUGACGGCCGUCCCGGAGAGAUCUGCGUGGUGGGACCCAAGGGCCAGAAGGGUGACCCAGGCCCGGUGGGACCCGAGGGGCUGGCUGGCGAGCCGGGACCACCAGGGAAGCCGGGAUCUCCGGGGAUCGGCUUUCCGGGGAAGCCGGGUGACCCUGGUGGCCCCCCGGGUCCCAAGGGGGAUAAGGGCAGCUCGGGAGCCCCCGGACCCGGUGGAUCCCCCGGGAAGCCCGGCAGCCCCGGCGGUGCGGGGCCGAAAGGAGACAAGGGCGAGCCGUGCGAGCCGUGCCCCGCCGCUUCCCCGGGGAUGCUCAGCGCCGCCGGGCUCCCCGGCAAGCCGGGACCCCGAGGAGAGCCCGGAGCGCCGGGACGGGACGGCGUCUCGGACAGACCCGGCCCAGCCGGACCCAAAGGGGACAGGGGAGACCCCGGCAUCAACGGGAUAAAAGGGGAGAAGGGCGACUCGUGCACGCCGUGCGAUGCCGCUGUCCUGGCCGCGCUGCUGCGCGAGGCCGAGCCGGGGCCGACGCCGGGGCCGCUGGGUGACAGGAUGAACGCGGGCACCCGGGGGCUCAAAGGCGAGAAGGGCGAGCCGUGCGGGCAGUGCCCGCCUGUGCCGCAGGCCCUCCAAGGGGCCGCCACGGCGGUGGCCGUGCCCGGACCGCCGGGGCAGCCGGGCAGCGCUGGCCCCCCGGGCAGAGCGGGCAAACCCGGCGACGCCGGCCCCCCAGGGCAGAAGGGGGACGCAGGGAGCCCCGGGGACCCGGGCACCCCGGGCACCGCCGGUGUCCCAGGGCUGCCGGGUGAGCCCGGCAUCAGCGGUCCGGCCGGGCCCAAAGGCGAGAAGGGAGACGCCUGUGAAUCCUGUCCCGUGCUCCAAGGGGAGUUCUCGGACAUCAUCGGCAUCCCCGGGAAGCCCGGCGCCAAGGGGGACCAGGGCCCUCCGGGCAUCGGCCAGCCGGGCAGACCCGGGAAGCCGGGGCUGCCCGGGAUUCAGGGCCCCGCCGGGCUGAAGGGGCUGCAGGGCGAGCCGGGCCCGCGGGGGAUCGGCCAGCAGGGCCCGCAGGGAGAGCCCGGAAGGAUCGGACCACCUGGGAUACCCGGCCCCCCCGGACCCCCAGGACCCCCAGGGACGGCGGCAGAGAAAGGCGCCAAGGGAUCUCCGGGGCCCAAAGGCGCCGUGGGCCCCCCGGGGCCGCCAGGGACCAGCGUCACGGGGCCACCGGGCCACGAAGGGCAGCGGGGGCUCCCGGGGGUGCCGGGGUCCAGCGGGCCGCCGGGAGAGAAGGGCGCUCGCGGCGAGAAGGGAGACGCCGGCGAAUGCACGUGCCAGCCCGGCCCCCGGCAGGACGCCGGCCACGUCGGGAUGCCGGGAGCGCCGGGACUUUGGACCGGGACGUCCUGGCAGCCCGCGCCCGGCCCCCAGGGUCCCCCCGGAGCCCCAGGACCCCCCGGCCCCCCCGGCGCCCCGGGACGCCAGGGCAUCCCAGGACACAACGGUUUGCCGGGGCUGCCUGGCCCCGCUGGAGACUUGGGGCCGCUGGCCGUCGUGGCCGAGAGGAACAUGGAAGUGCUGAAGACCCUCUGCGGGGACUGCGUGCAGCUGCAGGCCGCCUUCCAGGCGCCCGGCGGGCAGAAGGGCGACCAGGGCAUGCCGGGCGCCCCGGGCAGCGAGAGCUGCGCCCGCUGCUUUGCCCAGUUCCCGCGCGCUGAGGAGGCCCGGGGCGACAGCCCCGACACGGACUGCGUGGGCGAGCCCGGGCACCCGGGCAGCCCGGGCAUCCCCGGCGAGAGAGGGGAGCAGGGCCUGCCAGGACUGCGGGGACCCCCGGGGCCGCCCGGGCCCGUCGGCCCCCCAGGCUUCCCCGGAACGCCGGGCGCACCCGGACUGCCCGGUCUCCAGGGCGAACGCGGCCUCGCCGGGCCCGCCGGAGCCAAGGGGGAGCUGGGACCGCCAGGGCAGCCUGGGUACCCGGGCGCCACGGGCCCCCCCGGCCUUCCCGGCAGCAAAGGCGAGCGAGGCUACGUGGGCCCCCCCGGCGAGAAAGGGGAGCCGGGCCCCCCCGGCUUGGACGGCAACCCCGGCCCCACAGGGCCAGCGGGGCCGCGGGGCGAGCGGGGGCUGCCGGGCGGCGCCGGGGAGAAGGGCGACCAGGGCUUCCAGGGACAGCCGGGUUUCCCGGGGCCGCCGGGGCCUCCCGGCUUCCCGGGGAAAGUCGGCCCGGCGGGGCCACCGGGGCCCGCGGCCGAGAAGGGCAGCGAGGGGAUGCGCGGCCCCACGGGCAUGCCGGGGCCCCCCGGCCCCCCCGGCCCCCCGGGCAUCCAGGGCCCCGCCGGCGUGGAAGGGCUGGACGGCAAGGAUGGCAAGCCGGGAGUGCGGGGUGACCCCGGCCCCCCCGGGCCGCCAGGGAUGAUGGGUCCGCCGGGCUUCAAGGGCAAGACGGGCCACCCGGGGCUGCCGGGACCCAAGGGCGACUGCGGCAAGCCCGGCCCCCCGGGGAGCACGGGCCGGCCCGGAGCAGAGGGCGACCCCGGCCCCAUGGGACCCCAAGGCCGGCAGGGACCUCCGGGACUUAUCGGCGCCCCGGGCAGCCCGGGCCAGCCGGGCCCCGCCGGCCUCGCCGGAGUGGGACUGAAGGGCGAGCGGGGAUCCACGGGCGACCGAGGGCUGCCGGGGAUGCCGGGACAGCCGGGGCCGCCAGGACACCCUGGACCGCCGGGGGAGCAGGGACCCGACGGACCGGUCGGUAAAGAGGGCCCCCCGGGAAAGCCCGGCACCGCCGGACCGGCCGGCCAGAAGGGUGAAGCUGGAUCGCCUGGCGAGAGGGGCUACCCUGGGGAGAAGGGCCGUGCCGGCACGCCGGGGGGGCCGGGCAAGAGCGGCUCCAUGGGCCUGGUGGGGCCGCGGGGCCCCGCCGGGGAGAGGGGCCCCCCCGGGAUGCCGGGUCCGACGGGCAGCCCGGGGCUGCCGGGCCCCCCGGGGAUGAUGGCGGACGCGAUGAACUACGACGAGAUCAAGCGGUUCGUGCGGCAGGAGCUGAGCAAGAUGUUUGAGGAGCGCAUGGCCUACUACACCUCCCGCAUGCACUUCCCCGUGGAGAUGGUGGCGUCGCCGGGGCGGCCGGGCCCGCCGGGGAAGGACGGGCUGCCGGGCCGGCCGGGCCCCCCCGGCUCCCCGGGCAUGCCGGGGCAGAUCGGCCGAGAGGGGCGGCAAGGGGUGCCGGGUGCCCGAGGCGAGCCGGGCGCCAAGGGCGAGAAGGGGGAGAAAGGCGUGGGCCUCAUGGGGGACAGCGGCCCGCCGGGGCCCCCAGGUCCGCAGGGGCCGCCGGGCUACGGCAAGAUGGGGCCGCCGGGGCCCGUGGGGCAGCAGGGCGUCCCCGGCGUCCCCGGCCCGCCGGGCGCCACGGGGCAGCCGGGCAAGAUGGGGCAGUGCAGCCCGGCCGAGUGCGCCCUGCCGCUGGAGCAGCCGCUCUUCCCGCCCAAGAGCGUCAAGGGCCCCUUCGGCUGAGCGGCGCCGGGCACGCGCGUGUGCGUGGCGUGUGCGUGGCGUGUGCGUGUGCGUGUGCGGGUGGCUCUGCCCGUGUCAGUAAAGGGACUUUUCGGCCCA